GGGUCGGUACUUGGACACCUCGGCCCUUGCGCAUGUCGGUCGGGGCCGAGGUGACUAGACAAUUUCGGCCUCUGUAAAAAUCGGCCCUACUCUAUAAUAUACAGUGUACUGUAUAAGUAUCCAUGUACGUAUAUAUGUAUUAAAUAUGUUAAAAAGGUUCAUUUUACAGGGGAAAAUGUUAUUAAAUAUCAAUUUUGAAAUAUGUUUUGCCUUUGUUUGAUUUUUUAUGAGACGUAUAAUGUCUUAUGUUUAUACGUUUCCGAUAUAUUGUGUUAUUCUUAUUUUAUCCUUAAGUGCUGUUUUAAUUAUUUAUAAUUUGAAAUGACAUCAAUUCAAAUGGUUAAUCAAUUAAUUAAUUAAUAUGAAUUAUCUUUAUCCGGGCGGUUGGAGCUAAGGACGCAGGGGUUGUUGUUUUAAUAGAGUACCUCUUAUAAGAGUAGCUCAGUCAAUUACCGCAAAUCGAUUAACCAAUCAGUGAAAGGCACAUGAGGUAUAUUAGUUAGUGAAAGUAUAGAACAAAUCACUUGAUCAUUUUCGAUCAAAUUAUUAUCUUUAAUGAUGUCUCGUCUGUGCCUCGCCUGUGCCAAGUCCGUUCGACCACGUCAGGAAGCCUUGCAGUGCCACGGUUGUAGAGGAUGGCAGCAUCGCAUCUGCACUCCCGAGCUCCAACCCCACCACAACUCAGUGGAGAUGCGCUGUCCGGAACCGAUCGACAUGGUGCCGCGCUUCCGUCAGCCAGAGAGGAACCACGUUCACGCCCGGAUCAGCAGACCACAUCCACCCUCCUGACCAUUCCACAGCCAUGCUUGUCCGUGUCAAGAAACAGAUCUGGGAAGAUGCCAACGCUCAGCCGUUUACAUCUGCGCAGACGAUAGUGGAGGAGAAGCUGCAGGCCAACGUUGAUGACGACGACUUCGACUUGCCGAAGCCCGCCAACCUGAUCCGGCGUAGAGGGUAAGUUGUACAUAUUAAUGGGUGUCACAAUACAGAAAGCAAAGCGAUGCCUGAUAGAACUAUAUUGUCAUAAUAAAAGUUCUUAUUCAUUAAAAUAAGUCAUAUCUGAUUAUAUAUUUGUUAAAUUGUUUUAUGAUCACAUGAUUAAUCAUUCAUUUUGUUUAUAGGUUGGCAUCGCAGGAUCAACACCAAGGCUCGCCGGGCGAACCUCCCGUUCUACAUGCUCGUCCCAUUGCUUCACCAGGAAGG